CGCAGUCUCUGGAAGAGUCGUGUUGUUUAUUUCUCGCAUUUGACAUUGUUAUAGACGUAUUGUGCGUUUCAGUGCUUGUUACGGAAGUUGAAAGAGAUAGUAAUAUGAAUCUAUCGUUUGCCGGAUGCGGAUUCCUGGGCAUCUACCACGUCGGGGUGGCGUCGUGUUUUCGCAAAUAUGCGCCGCAUUUGUUGCUGAAUAAAAUUAGCGGCGCGAGUAUUGGCGCUAUAGCGGCCAGUGCUAUGUUAUGCGACCUGUCGCUCGGUGAUGUGACGAGUAAUAUACUGAGCGUGGCGAUCGAGGCACGCAAAAAAUCCCUCGGUCCGUUCAACCCUACGUUCAACGUGCACAAUCUGCUCAGGGAUGGGUUGGAGAAGUUCCUGCCGGAGGACGCUCACCAUCGCGUCAACGGCAAGCUCCACGUCUCUCUCACCCGGUGGUACGAUGGCAAAAACGUCAUUGUCUCCCAUUUUGACUCCAGGGAGGAACUGAUCGAAGCACUGUUAGCGUCAGCAUUUAUACCACUGUUUUCUGGCAUUUUCCCACCCAAGUUCAAGGGUGUCAGAUAUGUGGACGGAGGAUGCAGCGACAAUUUACCGACUUUAGAUGAAAACACAAUUACCGUCAGCCCAUUCUGCGGCGAAAGCGACAUUUGUCCUCGAGACGACAGUUCGCAACUCUUCCACAUAAACAUUGCGAACACAAGCAUCGAACUCUCCAAAUACAACAUGUACAGGCUGUUCCGCAUCUUGUUCCCGCCACAGCCGGAGAUACUCUCUAACAUGUGCAAGCAAGGCUUCGACGAUGCCCUGCGGUUCCUGCACAGGAACAAUCUGAUCAAUUGCACGAGAUGUCUGGCCGUCCAAUCGACCUUUGUCGUGUCCGAUACGGUCGAGGAUCACAGCGUGUACGAUCCGCAUUGCAGCGAAUGCAAAAUGCAUCGACAAGAAGCAUUGGUUUCAAACAUGCCUGACACAGUCUUGAGCAUUUUCCAAGAAGCAAUAGAUACAGCUAACAAAGGAUUAUUGAACUGGGUCUUCAAACACAGAGGGAUGAAACUAUUGUCUGUACUGAGCCUCCCCUACACAUUGCCGGUUGAUAUUGUCUAUGCCACAUUUACCAAACUUGGGGUGAUACCGGCAAUAAAAGCUGGUCCGAGAGUGGCACUGAGAAAGGUGACUGAAUUCGAGUUCAUGAAUGUAAUCGGAACAUCAUUGGAAAGACGAUCUCUUCAAUAUCGGAUACAUGACAGCAUGCCGGUUAUGUACACACGUUCUGCAUGCGAACAUUUGGUUGUAGACAAGAGAUUGAUGGUGGCCGCACCGCAACUCGGAAACGGCGUCUGGGAGGUCAGCAAAUAUUUCAUGGACCAAAUGGGCCAUGUCCUCUACAAAGUGAAUAAGAAACGACAGCAAUUAAGCGCCAAAAUUACUUGCCAAUUGGCCAUCACUGAAUACGGUGCCAAUAAAUACGAUGUUGAAUCUUGCCAAGACUUGAACGCUGAGAACAAGAUGAAUCUGAACUUCACCCUCAACUUGGACAACAGUGACUUGCCGUUAACACAAAGCCCACAAAGGAAGAUAAAGAACAUGCUCCAAAGGAAACCGAGUUUGACCAUCAGCAAAACCGACACAAUGGACAAUGACACAUUCGAACACAUUUUACAAAUUACCUCGCAACAAGACACAAUCAUGGCUUAUUACUAUUUGGAUGAAAAUAAUAAAGUAAAGGUGACAGAAAUUUUCGACCUAACAGACGCAGAAUCUCCAAUAGUUCAAACCAAAGAGGAGAAACACUUGAACAACGGCCUCCAGUUCGACGACGAAUGGGACGACUCUUCUUUCUGUGAACAUGCUGAUGAUCUGGACUCUCAAUAUUCCCUGGAAGAUGUUCUGGAAGGCGACGCUUGUAACAUGUUCUCGGAUCCAGAAUCCGAAUGGACGGCCACUUGUAAAGUGGAAGAACCGGACGACUAUUUGCACGCGCAAAAUUCGUCCGACGAUUUGAAACCGGAGUCCGAACAGGCGAACAUUUCGGAUUAUUACAGGAAUUAUAAAAUUCCCACAUUCACUUUUGAUGAAAUCGAUCCGUGAUGGUCUUUAUAUAGGGACAACUUGAAACUGAUACUGUGAUGAAAGCUAUGAUAUAAAAGGGCAACUGGUAAUGAUUUUUGUUGAAAAAUCAAUUAUUUUAGUUAGUUGUAAAUAAUCUUACAUAAUAUUUUUUAAAACAUUGUUUUUUUUUUUCUGAAAAAAAAACAUUUUAUGUUUAAAUUUAAAAACAUUCUGUACUAGAAACAUUAUGCGCUGUGACUAAUAUUUUAUUUUAUAGUCAAUUGGAAAAUUUACUUGCAUUUUUAUUUUAUUUUCCAGUACUUACACUGGUAGUUUUAAUAAAAGUAAAUUUUCUGAUCUGUUACUUAAGUUCUAAGUGAUAUCCAUAGAAUGUGAUAUUCCCUGUAGUUAUUUGUAAAUAGAGAAAAAUGAUAUAUUUUUAUAUUAAGUAUUAUUAAUUAGAAUAACAAAUUGUGUAAUCUAUUAAGUUUAUUAUAUAUUUAACUGACGAACAUUUUAUUUAUAUCUAUAAUAUUUCCUAAUCAAGGUGAUUUGUUAUAUAAAAGUAUGUUAUUUAUUAUUAUAUUUAUUUGAAAUUUAA